GCAUUGCUGAGGUGAGCGAGGGAUCGCCCGCGCUGCCCGUGAGGGGCGGUGCCGCCUCCCCGCCCUUGGCUCCGCAUGGCGGCGGCAGUGGCCGCGGCCCCGGGGCUGUGGGCGCUGCCCACCGGGCGGGCAGCCGCCGCUCGGGGCCGUCAGACCGUUCUGUGGAACCGGGCGCGGUGCCUCCGCCGCCGGCUGCGGGCGCUGCAGGCCCGGCAGGUGGAGCGGCACGUCCGGCACCAGCUGGCCGGGCUGGUGCGGUACCUGGGGCGGGUGGGUCCCGGCGGCUUGUCGCCAGCCCUGGUCCCCGAUCUGCGGCUGCUGGCGGCCAGCGCUACCGCCCGCCUCCGCGCCACGCAGGGCGACUGCGACUCCGAUGCCACCGGCAGCAGCAGCGGCUCCGGCGAGGAGAGCGAGACGGACGGCGGGGGGCGGCGGAGCCCCGCCGCGGCCUCCCUGGCACGUCGCCAUGCAGAGUGCCAGUGGGCAAUGGAGAGAGCAGCCAUUAUUUGCCGUUGGACGUGGCUGCAGGCUCAAAUCUCCGACCUGGAAUAUCGAAUAAGACAGCAGACAGCUCUCUACAAGCGACUUCGUGCUGCCAAGGGCCCCGUAGUCCUUGGUGGUGCCUGGCAGCCUGCAGACCUGGUGAUGAGGCAGGGCCAAUGGGGUCCUGUGUCACUGGGGGCCUCCAAAGAGAAUAAGUGGCUCUCGCCUUCAUCUCCUGCCCCGAGGUGCCCUGAAGGAGAUGCUGUUCCUUCCCGUUUCCUCUAUAAUACACAGAAGCAGAGCUCUCAUCUCACACAGUUUGUGGGAAACCCCAUGUGCCAGAGCCUUUCCUGCGUCCCCAUGGGUGGGUGUCCAGCACCCCUAGAAGCCUGCGCCACGUCGCCCCGCCCAGUCAACGGAGUGUGUAACUGUUUGCACACCAGCUCCUCCAGCAGCAGCUCUCUGAUCAGCGUGAAUGUUGAAGAGAGAUUUGGGAAACAAAACCCGCUGAACAACCUCGCGGCUGUGUCGGACGACUCCUGCAUCGCUGCUAGAAUCCGCCCAGUUUGCAAAUACAAGAAGCGCAAACUUGUCCGAGCUGCCUCGGUGUCUCACUUCAGCGGGAAGCCGCUGAAACCUCUCACCAUGAAGUGCAGCUGCGAAUGGCCCAACUCUUGCAUCCUGUGCAGCUGCAAAGCCUCUGUCCAGGCAAUAGACCCUGAUACCAUGUCCCUGGAGGAGCGCGUAGCCCUCCUGGACUCCGGCUUCCACCCCGUCCUCUCUCUGUCUCAUGGCAACCCUCUCCACCUGCUCUUUGAAACCUUAUUAAGGGAACACGGGUUGCAUAGCCUGCUGAGCCAUGAACUCAGGACACUGAAGGUGUCCCAUUUUGGAAAGAAACAAGAUCCGACUAACAGCGCAUUCCCAAAGCUACACUCUUCGCUCCUGCUUGCCUCCCGUUCAUUGUUUGAAGGCAAAAGGCAGCUCAAAGGAAUGUCCCAUCACAGCUUUCCUGUUUCCAGUCCUCAGGCACAUAAAUACGGUUCUUUGCACCACCUGCCAUCCUUGUACCCAGAGGCUCCUCCAGCCCUUUCUUCCAGCCAAACCCCUUUCGCUGGCGACUCGGCAACGGCGGCCUCAAAAAGAAGAAAAGCGGAAUGUUCCUACGACAUUGACAACAUUGUGAUCCCAACAUCGAUGGCAGCCGCUGCUCGAGUGGGGAAGCCUCCGUACAAAGAGAUCGUAGUACCAAGCUGGAGGAUGGUAGAGCUCAAGGAACUGGAGCCUUUCGAUCAUGGGGACUCCGAGCUGGAGGAUACUUCUGAUGAGAUGUAUUCGAGUCAUCACUCCAAAUACGAAGGUCUGGAACGAGCCUGCUGGGUUUCCUGGGCAGCCGCCACUUCCCACAAGCGAGGAAGCAGGUGCUCCAGCAAAGCAGACGGCCGAUGGGCUGGGCAGCCUCCGCCAGCACCUCCAGUCACCGGAUUUAGUUGCCUUGAUGACCUGUACGCGCACCCUUCUCCUGGCUUGCACGGCCCUGAGACUUGCAAUGGUUCACAAUCCCUCUCCAUCCGCGGUAGGAGCGGAGCGGUGCUGUCUUGUGGUGAAGAAACCAGAGCUUCCCUGGAAAUGCCCAAGGAAGCAACACAGAACAUACAGCCGUGGGAGCCUCGCACGUUUCCACUUUCAGAUUCUGCAUACCAGGGUCUUCUCCAGUGCUCAAGUGGGGAUGGCCGUGGCCAGGCUGGCUUUCAGCCCUGGCUCUCUGGCAAUAAGCAGGGCGUCAGGCCUACCUCUGUAGGCACUGCCACCCCCAGCCUCACCAGGAUGCAAUUUUCAGAUGUGCACCUGCGAACGGAUGGCAGUAAAAGCAAAGAGGAGUUUGUGGUCCAGCGCUGCAACCCAGGAAAGCUCAUCAACACCGACAAACCCGGCCCGUGGUAUAGAUGAAGUGUUAGCUACGCGUGCUGCAGUGACAAGUGGCUGUCUGCUGGUCUGGUGCGGUGGAGCACCAGCAGUGUGUGGCACUGCUGCAUUGGACCUCAUUUCAGCAGCAGAGGAGAAGAUUUCCAGAUGAGGAGGGGUUUAGGCACUGGGUGGAGCUACGGUGCUAGAUCUCCAAGGGAUAGUGCUUUUGGAAAAGACCAGUUUCUGGUCAGCUGUGAAAAACAAGGCUCAGCUGCUUUGUCACGGAAAGGUUAGGUGCUGCUAUAGACAGAAGAAGGGACAUUUAAGUAAAAUUAAUUCCAACAGUAGAAAGAAAACAGCAUUGUUCAGUCUUGAUCUUUACAGAAGUGCCUACUGGGUGGCUGUAUCAGGUCCUUUGUGGCUAGAAGCCAGUUUCAGGGUGGUGCUCGCUCACUCCUGGAUCCAUUUCCAGAUGCCGCAGAGAUCUGAGGAACUCUCGUGAAUUUGGUAUGAACCAAAGACGGGGUGAGGAGAAGGGAAGGAGAAGGCUGCAUGGCGAGUACUCUAAAACACAGCUUUGAAAAAUUAACCUCGUAAGUACUUGAAAAUCAGGUUCCCCUUGCCUGGCAUAAUCCAAGUUUUGUAUCGGCUUCCUUCACAGACACCGCACGGCCAUUUCGUAACACACGGUUGCCUUGCAGUAUCCUUGCUGUAACAAAACAGAUCCAGAAAGUCAGACAAUUGUAAGGUGUCACUUCUGAAUUGCCUUUUCUCCUUGGAGCGAAGCCGUGGUCUCAGGGAUUUUGGCAGCAAGCCACUGAGAAGCUGUGCAGCUGAGAAGAACGUGCGUUCUGUCAGAGGGAGCACCAGCAGGGCCGUUUGAAGGUGAGCAGGGCAGUGAACUGCCUUCAGGGAACGAGCUUCAGACCUGAUCGAUCUCAUGAAUGUCCCACCAGAAAGUAUCGGAAUGACCGCUACUGCUACUAAGAGGAACCAGAAUCUGUGCUGAGGUGACCAGGAUGUUCCAGCUAGACUAAAAAUUCUCACUUAAAUGAUGAUCCUGAGCAAAGGAAGUUUUGGGAUUUGGGGAUUUUUUUUUACAUUCUAGAGCAAAAUAAAGCUGUUAUUACCGGUUCAUUAUGGAAUAGACUUGCUUUGCUGCCUUUCAAAAUGGUCUCUGAAGUUCAGAUUUCUGGAUGUUUGGUUGUUUUUAUCAUUCUCUGUAUCUUGGAAGUGUCCUUUCUCGCAAAUAUUCAUUUCUGGGUUGGCGUGUUUAGGGGCAGGGGGAACAGAUGCAGCCUGUAGCAAGGCCAGGGAUGGUUUUAUACGGGGAUUGUGAUUUUGAUGAAGAGCUUUUUGUCUCUGUAUUGGAUAACAUUUGAUAAAGUGGCAGUAGAAUGCCCAAGCGUU